AUGUUGAAGGUCGCCUGUUUGUUUGCUUUGGUGAUAUUGGCCACUGCUGCUCCACCAUCGACCAACGAAAAGAAGAGUGAUGAGGAUCUGGAAAAGUCACCGUCUAUUGGAUUGGGAUACAGCAGUCUCGGCGGAAUUGGAUUGGGCGGAAUCGGAAUAGGCGGCCUCGGAUACAGCAGCCUUGGAUACGGUGGUCUAGGAUCAGUUGUCCACACUGUCCCAACUGUCGUUCAUAGUGCUCCCGCUGUUGUCCGCACUAUUCCAACUUACAGUACUGUUGGUACCGUCGGACUUGGUUUGGGCAGCGGCAUUGGUCUCGGAUAUGGACACGGCAUUGGCUUCGGUCACAAUCUGAUCUAUUAA